AUGUAUCCACCGCCGCCGCGUCAGACCGACGUAGUUGCACCGCCACCGUCACCACCACCGCCACCAGCGGCAGCAUCGCUCCUCCACAGUCACCGCCGCUGCGCUAACGGCGACGCUGCCGCCGGUUUUCGCUCAACCAUCCCUUCGAAUGACCGUCAAAAGAACGGUGGGCCAGGUCGUCGGGUGGGGAUGAUAAUCGAUCAGCGACCGCUCGUACCACUCUGGCGGCCUUUGUCAGGGUCGGCCGCCGAAGCCUCUAGGGGACGACGUGUUAUGACGCCCAGAGGGUUGGCUGGCGGCGGCUGA